UAUUAAGGUCUCUCGCAUAUCGGCCUCUCGACCCAUACGAAAAGACCUCGUCUUGCCUCAUCGUCUUCCUCAUAAGCUCAUGCUCUGUACAAGGUACUCCGAUCACUAACUGGAAAUGGGAAGCCCAAGCGACAAACCCAGUAGGCUGAUGGGACUCCACCACAACGCUCCCUGCACACGAAAGCACCAGAUCGGAGCCCUAGCCCUCGUCGCCGCCACCUUCUUGCUCACCAGACUCUUCGACUACCCCUCCUCUUCCUGCAACCCCUACUCUCUCUCCACCGUCGUCGACGGCGGCCCCACCUCGUGGCCCGAAAGGGGAUACGGCUCCCACCUCUCCCUCAAGAUCUACGUCUACGAUGAGCUCGAGAUUGACGGCCUCAGGCCCUUAAUGUACGGCCGCCACGUCAAGGUCUCCCCCGACGCAUGCGUUAAAGGCCAGUGGGGCACUCAGGUUAAAAUACACAGGAUGCUUUUGAAGUCAAGAUUUCGGACAACAAAGAAAGGGGAAGCGGAUCUUUUCUUUGUGCCAAGUUACGUGAAGUGCGUCCGAACGAUGGGUGGUCUGAGCGAUAAAGAGAUUAAUCAGACAUAUGUGAAGGUGCUAAGUCAAAUGCCACAUUUUAGGCUAUCUGGUGGCCGCAAUCACAUAUUUGUCUUUCCAAGCGGCGCUGGUGCAACUUUGUUUAGAUCUUGGGCUACAUACUUGAAUCGUUCUAUUAUACUUACUCCUGAGGGUGAUCGCACAGACAAGCGAGAAACUACUUCCUUUAAUACAUGGAAAGAUAUCAUCAUCCCUGGAAAUGUUGAUGAUGGGAUGACCACACAUGGGGAUAGACUGGUCCAGCCUUUGCCUUUAACUAAGAGGAAGUAUUUGGCGAACUUCUUAGGUCGAGCACAAGGAAAAAUAGGUCGUCUUCAAUUGGUAGAGCUUGCAAAGAAGUACCCAGAUAAGUUGGAAUCUCCAGAGUUGAAGUUCAGUGGACCCGAAAAACUGGGAAGGACAGAAUACUUUGAGCACCUCCGAAAUGCCAAAUUCUGCCUGGCCCCACGUGGCGAAUCUUCAUGGACUCUUCGGUUUUACGAGUCGUUCUUUGUGGAGUGUGUCCCAGUGAUCAUAUCAGAUUAUGCAGAGUUGCCAUUUCAGAAUGUUAUUGACUACACACAGCUGUCAAUCAAAUGGCCAUGGAACCGUAUAGGUCCUGAACUGUUGGAGUACCUAGAAUCAGUACCAGAGAAAGAUAUAGAGAGGAUGAUUGCCCGUGGCAGGCAGGUGAGAUGCUUAUGGGUUUAUGCUCCUGAAUCAGAACCCUGCUCGGCGUUUAACGGAAUUAUGUGGGAACUUCAGAGAAAAGUGAGGCAAUUCCACCAGUCAGCCGAAACAUUCUGGCUGCACAAUGGGUCUAUAGUGAAUAGAAACCUAGUAGAAUUCAGUCACUGGAAGCCUCCCAUGCCUCUGCCUUGAGCUUGCUGAUGUUGCUGUUGAUCUAAAUUAACAUUCCAUUUUUUCAUCUUAUUUUCAUUUUGGAGGCAGCAGGGAAGAGGGGUGUUUGAAAAUGUGGAGCAAUUCUGUUGUUAGACUUUUUUUUUUUUGUUUGUCAUUUGAAUUGAAUGUCAUGUAUAGAGAUCAAGAAUACACAUUGUACACUUAGACAGAGCAACUUGAAUGGUACAAGUACUUGUAAUUUUUUCGUA